AUGGUGGCCAAGGAUUACCCUUUUUACUUCGCGGUCAAGAGGGCAAACUGCUCCUUGGAAGUACAGACGGUGAUCAGCCCAGCUAAAGAGACGGAGGAGCCUAGUAACAAACGGGUCAAGCCUCUUUCUAGAGUUACAUCACUAGCAAGCUUCAUUCCUCCUGUGCGGGCAACCCCGUUAAAGAGGUUCAGUCAAACACUUCAGCGUUCUAUCAGUUUCCGUAGUGACAGUCGCCCUGAUCUGUUCACCCCACGACCGUGGUCUCGAAAUGUACCUCCUGCUAGCACAAAACGAAGGGACAGCAAGCUGUGGAGUGAGACCUUUGAUGUUUGUGUCAAUCAGAUGCUUACAUCCAAAGAAAUCAAGCGUCAAGAGGCUAUCUUUGAACUUUCCCAGGGAGAAGAAGAUUUGAUAGAAGACUUGAAGUUAGCAAAAAAGGCUUAUCAUGAUCCUAUGCUUAAACUCUCCAUAAUGACAGAGCAAGAAUUAAACCAGAUUUUUGGAACACUGGAUUCACUAAUCCCGCUACAUGAAGAUCUUCUUAGGCGGCUUCAGGAGGUCAGGAAACCUGAUGGAUCUACUGAGCAUGUUGGUCAUAUCCUUGUGGCCUGGUUGCCUUGCCUAAACUCAUAUGAUAGCUACUGCAGUAAUCAAGUAGCAGCCAAAGCCUUAUUGGACCACAAGAAACAGGAUCACAGGGUGCAAGACUUCCUACAGCGCUGCUUAGAGUCUCCUUUCAGCCGCAAACUGGACCUCUGGAAUUUCCUUGACAUCCCAAGAAGUCGCCUAGUGAAAUACCCACUGCUGCUCAGAGAAAUUUUGAGGCAUACUCCAAAUGAUCAUCCAGAUCAACAGCACCUUGAAGAAGCGAUAAAUAUAAUUCAGGGUAUAGUUGCAGAAAUCAACAUUAAGACGGGUGAAUCUGAGUGCCAAUAUUACAAAGAGAGGCUCAUUUAUCUUGAAGAAGGCCAAAAGGACGCACUGAUUGAUAACUCACGUGUGGUGUGUUGUCAUGGUGAACUAAAGAACAACAGGGGAGCGAAACUGCAUGUCUUCUUGUUCCAAGAAGUGCUGGUGAUUACCCGAGCUAUUACCCAUAAUGAACAACUCUGCUACCAACUAUACCGGCAGCCCAUCCCAGUAAAGGAUCUUGUUCUGGAAGAUUUGCAGGAUGGAGAGGUGCGACUGGGUGGAUCCAUACGUGGUGCAUUUAGCAACAAUGAGAGAAUUAAAAACUUCUUUAGAAUCAGCUUCAAAAGUGGAUCACAAAGCCAGUCCCACUCACUGCAAGCCAAUGACUCCUUCAACAAACAACAGUGGCUUAACUGUAUCCGACAGGCCAAAGAAACAGUUGUGUGUGACGGAGAGGCUGGAACACUGGAUUCAGAAGGACAUUUCCUAAUAUCCCCAAAUGGGAGUAGGGAACCACAGAGAGAAAGCAGGCUUGAGCAAAUGGACCAAUCAGACAAUGAGUCAGACUGUAGUAUGGACACUAGUGAAGUCAGCAUUGAUUGUGAACGCAUGGAACAGAUAAACUCUUGUGAGAAUGACAAACCGAUAGAAACCAACAUUUGA